GGCGCGUGAAUAGACCAUUUAUUGGACGAUGGCCUUAACAACGACUGACAACGACAACAAUAACGACAACAUGAAUUCUGCAAGCAAGGUCGGUGAAAUUUUCACCGCUGCGGGAGCAGCGUUUAACAAACUCGGAGAAUUAACAAUGCAAUUACAUCCAACUACGGAUUCGCCAGCCGGUAAAUGGACUGACGAGGAAAUUGAGAUGCUCCGUCACUCGGUAAAGACCUUUAGCGAAGAUUUGAACAAAAUUAGCGAACACAUCAAAAGCAGAACCGUUUCCCAGAUAAGGACUACCUUAAAGAAGAAGGCCUUUGAGGAGGCGGGGGUGCCUAUGAGGCAGCAGCAAAUUUUACAGCCUCAACAGCAGCAGGCCAAUUCACAGCAGCAACAGCAAGCCUUAAAAAAGGAACAGAAUUCGGGAAAUCAGGGACUUAUGGGAAAGUCGGCGGAAGUGACGUUAAAUAUGCUGAAUGCGCCGGAAUCGGAAGUGGAUGUUGAAGGCCUCCCGGAGGAGUGUCAGGUCAAACUCGAAUUCGAGGGAGCGACGGAGGAAGUGGCUUCCUAAUAAUGGAAAACCAAUCGGAUAAAUUGACUUGUCGUAUUUUUAAGAUUAGAACGGUAAUUUAUUAGCUUUAAUUUCUUGACUCUCUUCCCUUGAGUCGCUAAUUUUAUAAUAAAUGUGAGAUUAAGUAAUUUA